CUGAGCGGUUUUACACUUUAUCGUACGAGAUUACCGCCUUAUUUUUGGUAUUUAUAUUCCCACCGAUGUUUCAGUAUCUGCACUGAGUAUUCACUGUUAAAUCGCAUUUUUAAAAAUCCAAACAGCCUCAACAAUGCCUUUGGAUUUGGGGAUGUACAGCAGCCGCGCGGAUUAUAAAUCCCCAAAACAAUGCCAAAAAACCUCCUUCGCAUUUUACCAGGCUAUACGGGACCUGUUGCCGGUGUGGGUCCUCGAGGACAUGCGGACCAUGGAGGUGUUUCAUUGGGAAGACGACGGACAGGCGUGCGCGUACUCCCCGUCAGAAGCGCUUCUGUACGCGCUGGUUCAUGAUCACCAGCAGUACGCGCGCUAUUUACUCAAACUAUUCUCCUCUCGCGCACUCGAGAUGCCCAGCAGAAGUUUCUGCUGCUGCCAGGCAUCCACUGCACCACACCUCUCCAUCGCCGUCCGCUACAACCGCAUCAACAUCCUGAAAAUGAUGAUGGAGACCAUCAAGGAGCUCGCAGACUGCGAGAAACAGAGCUUCCUCAACCGGCACGGAUGCGUUCACACGGACGGAAGCAAAACCGCGCUGCACCUCGCGUGUGAUCUGGUGCGUCCCGAGUGCUUGAUCCUGCUGCUGGGUCACGGGGCUUGCCCUUACGUAACGGACCUGACAGGGAACACCCCUCUAGACUGUUUACUCCAGCAGAUCCUCCAGAGUGACUUUGAAAGGCGCACGAAGCGCGUCUGCCUCGGUUACCUCCUUCUGUUCAUGCCCACAUUUCGCUUCCAGAUGAAGAGACAGUUGCAGGACAAUGGAGAUGUGUGGAGGGCUCUUAUAGGAGAGCAGGCCUUCCAGUGGCUCUGCGGAUCAUCGCCUCCAUCACUGUUCGUGCAGGCCAUGCAGAAGCUCAGUCAGUCCAUUCCCACAGAGCAGCUGGACUCGCUGCCGGACUUCCUGAAGCCCCUGGACUUCAGACUCGAUCAGGCCUGAUGUGCUGGAACUGAAAAGCUAAUUAAAUGCAUUGUUUGUUUGACUGUUGUUUCUUGAAGUAUUCAGGUUUUGAGUGUAUGUGGAAGGAUUUGUUGUAAAUAUGUCAAUAGUGUUGUACAUUAGGGAUGCGUAGUGAAACAUGCUGUAAAAUUAUUAAAAUAUAUAUAUUUUUUGCA